CCCGCCGCCGCCGCGAUGUCCGCCGCCAGCGCGGCCGAGCUGGGCGCCGCCGACCGCGCCCCCUUCGCCACGGGCCCGUGCCCGGCGGGCGCCGAGGAGGACGGGGCCGAGGAGCUGCCGGGGGCCGGGGGGCCGCUGGCCUGGGCCCCCCGCGAGAAGCUGCUGCACGAGGCGCGGCUCAAGGCCAAGGCCAAGCGGCGGCUGCGGCGCGCCUCGUCCCGGGACUCGGCCCGAGAGUCGCUGUCCGAGGGCGCCGAGCCCGGCCCCGAGCCCGGCAGCCCCAAGGGCAGGGCCCACGACCGCAAGUCCCGCAUGGGCAAGGGCCGCGGGCUGCCCAAGAAAGGCGGUGCCGGGGGCAAGGGUGUGUGGGGUGCCCCCGGCGUGGUGUACGGCUACCAGGAGCCUGAUGCCCGCGACCCCAACUACGACGAGGUGGCUCAGGGGGACACGGUGUAUGCCACCGUGGUACCCGAGCUGGAGGAGGACGAGCUGGAGAAGAACGUGCAGCCCAUGGUGCUGGAGUACUUUGAGCACGGGGACACCAGCGAGGUCAUGGCGCUGCUGCGGGGGCUGAACCUGGGCAGCCAGAAGCACGCGGUGCCCUCGCUGGCGGUGGCACUGGCUCUGGAGGGCAAGGCCAGCCACCGCGAGCUGACGUCCCGCCUGCUGUCCGACCUGGUGGGCCGCGUGGUGAGCCCCGAGGACAUCGCCUGGGCCUUCGACAAGAUGCUGCAGGACCUGCCCGACCUCAUCCUCGACACCCCCGAGGCCCCCCAGAUGCUGGGGCAGUUCAUUGCCCGGGCGGUGGCCGACCACGCGCUGCCCCUGGACUUCCUGGAGCGCUACAAGGGGCGCGUGGACUGCGAGCACGCCAGGGCUGCCCUCGACCGCGCCGCUGUCCUGCUGCGCAUCAAGCGCGACGUCAACCGGCUCGACAACGUCUGGGGCGUGGGGGGCGGCCAGCGCCCCGUCAAGCACCUGGUCAAGGAGAUGAACCUGCUGCUGCGGGAGUACCUGCUCUCCGGGGAGGUGUCGGAGGCUGAGCGCUGCCUGCGGGCGCUGGAGGUGCCGCACUUCCACCAUGAGCUGGUGUACGAGGCGGUGGUGAUGGUGCUGGAGGGCUCCGGGGACGCGCCAGUGACGAUGAUGGUGACACUGCUGAAGGUGCUGUGGGAGACGGGGCUGGUGACGCUGGACCAGAUGAACCGGGGCUUCCAGCGGGUGUACGCGGAGCUGGGGGACAUCAGCCUGGACGUGCCCCUGGCCCACGGCCUCCUGGAGCGGCUGGUGGAGCUCUGCUUCCAGCGCGGCAUCAUCACCAGGGCGCUGCGGGACGCCUGCCCCGCCAGGGGCCGAAAGCGCUUCGUCAGCGAGGGCGACGGGGGCCAGGUCAAGCAGUGAGCGCCGGGCACGGCCCCCCCCGGGCUCCGAGGGCCCCGCCGCUGCUGCCCCGGGACCGGAGCCGGAGCCGGACCCGAAGCCGGGGCCGGGGCCGCCGGUGCGGGCGGGCCGGACGCGGGCACAAUAAAGCGGCUUCCAGGGA